GACAUGACAGCCAUCCAGCUCACUCAGGACAGCAUCAACAAAUAAACAUUAAGACAAGCAAAAAAGAAAGAAUUCAUGUGAAUUCAUUUGUUUGAUUUACUUGUGAUAAGAAUAAAUAAUUAGAACAUCGCUAUGGCGUCUCAUUUAAGCACAAAAGAUCGUCUAUUGUCGCUGGUGGACGACAUUGAACUAAUAGCAAAAGAGAUUAUUGAGGUUUCUAUAGCACCAAAGCCUCAAAAACUAUCGGCGGCAGACUUCGCCCAGUUAACAGAUUUGCUUUUGUCUAAGGAUGUAGAGUUAAAAAAGACGUUGGAAUUAGCUGAUGAUCAGGCAAAAAUACAGCAAAAGAUGAAUGAAUUAAAAGCUGAAGUGGAUAAUAAGGAUCAAGACAUCCAUCUUCUGCAAAGGCAACUGAAGGAUGCUGAACAAAUCCUAGCCACCUCAUUAUACCAGGCGAGACAGAAGCUAGCAUCAAUUGUAAAGUCUAGGAAACGACCAGUACCUUCUGAGGAGUUGAUUAAAUUUGCACAUAGAAUCAGCGCAUCAAACGCAGUGAGUGCGCCACUAUCAUGGCAGCCAGGCGAUCCUCGUCGUCCGUAUCCCACUGACCUUGAAAUGAGACUGGGAAUGCUGGGCCGUCUCUGUGACCUACCCCGCAACGGCCACACUCCUUCCACAUUAAACGAGCUUCAUCGAAUCACCACAGGAGGAGUUCCAGCUUCAGCCACCAACCAGUUCACAUGGCACCCAUCAGGGGAGCUUCACAUGUCAGUAGGAGGGGGUAACUCCGUAUCGAUAGACGGACGCGGCAAAGAUGCGCACACGCAGGAGGACGUAGAAGUUAUGUCCACCGACUCUAGUUCGAGUUCAAGCAGUGAUUCUCAAUGAAGAGUGAACAAUACGGGGCUGGACUGUUUGUGAUGCCACCCUAGCAAAUCAUUUUUGGAGAAAUAGUGUAUAUACAACAGGAUGUGUGAUUCUCGUGUCUCCUUAGAAUAGUACUAUUCCAUUUCUUUCCCACGGAUGUCGUAAGAAGCUACUAAGAAAAGAAGCACUUACAGUAAGUAGUGCCACAACAAAAAGAGGUUGUUCCGUGUAAUAACCUUUCUCUUUUCUUGUUCGUGGAUUGCUAGGUUAUUCAUAAAUUCUUUUAAAAGACAGCGCCUUCGGACUUAUUCCGAUCAAAUUUUGAAAAGUGUAGUGAACUGUGGUUAUGAUGAAAAUGGUGAACUGAACAUUUAGUAUGUGGACAUUAUUUGUAUGAUGUGAUUUGAAAAUAUGUACUUUAUAAUAGUUUUGCUUACCACCUAAUGUAUUUUAUAAAAAUGUAAGCAUUAAAACAAUAAAUAUAUCUUUAUUAAAACGGUAAAGAUCUGA